AAGUGGGGUGGUAGCAGGGAAGGAGGGGAGGUGGUGGUGGUGGUGGUGGUGGUGGUGCUAGUGGUGUCAGAGUGGAGCGCGAGGUCGAGGCACUCAGUAAAGGUGUGGCGGAAGCGGCCGCGGAUGGAAAUGCAGCCUCACAGGCCACACUUAAGUAGCCGAACUUUGCAGGGAGGGCGGGGCGGACGCAGGCGCAAAGAGGAGAGGCGGGGCCAGGAAGCCACGCCCAAAGUUGCUUCAGAAGUUACGAUGCCAGCCUAUUCCACCCCUUCUCCCGCCCUCUUGGUUUGCACUUCCCUCCAAGUAGCCUGUAGAGGUCUCGCUCCUUGCGUGUAGAGCGAAAACCGGCUCCGGGGAAAAGAAGACGGAAAGAACACUUUCUCUGCUUUCAGCGGACUCGCCUCCCGGUCUCAGCUGUUUCGCACUCUGGCUCCCGGUCGUGAUGGUGCGUGCGGGCUCUCAGUUCAGUCUUGUUCUCCUGGUCCUGCUUCUGCUGUGGGACUGUACCUGGGCAGCGCACUGUCUCUGGGCGCACGGCGAUGCUCACUCUCUUCACUAUGAUUUCAGCAUCGCUGCUAAUGGACAGUCAUGGUGUAAGGUUCAAGGCCAGGUGGAUGAAAAGAAUUUUCUUUUUUAUGACUGUGGCAGCAAUAAGGUUAUAUGUAUGAAUCUCCUGAGAGAGGAGGUAAAUGCCACAAGUGUCUGGAAAGAACAGACUGAUGCACUGUGUCACGUGGGGGACUUGCUCAAACAGCAACUGCUUGACAUUAAAGUGGAGAAAUACGCAGACAGUGUUCUUCUCACCCUGCAGGUCAAGAUGAUGUGUCAAUGUAAAGCCAAUGGACGUGCCAGUGCAUCCUGGGAGUUCCGCUCUCAUGGACAGAGAUUCCUUCUCUUUGACUCGGAGAACGGAAAGUAUACAGUGGAUCACCCUGGAGCCAAACAGAUAAAAGAGAAGUGGGAGCAUGACAAGGAGUUAACCAGAUCCUUCACAAUGAUCUCGAUGGGAGACUGCGGGAAAUGGCUUCAAUUCUUGGUGCCCUGGAAGAAACUGGUAGACACAGCAGCCCCAACAACAACGGUCCCAAACAGAGCCCCACCAACCAAUUUCACAGCCACAGCACAAUCCAAGGCCUCGACCAUCACGCCCACUGCCUGGAUCCUCCCUCUCUUCCUCACCUGCUCAAUCAAAAUUGGCAUCCUAGCUGAGUCUUUAAUAGUAACAGGUACUGAGGGCUGAACUGAGUGGGAAUGACGGACAGAUGGCCUGGAGUGAGGAUGGGGGAGGGUGAAUUCUCAGCCCGACCCCUGCCCCCUCACUGAACUUCUCAUCAUGGAAAUGAGACAGGAGAAUAAGACCUCAUAGGGCCUGAUAGGAAUCACUUGGGCAGC